CCGCAGUGUUUACAGCAGUCGCCUGACUCUCCAGCAGCGAGUGCGUAGCUACUUGAUCACAACAUCUCUUUGUGUUCACGCAUCUUUCCACAGGGCCUGUCUCGAUGGGCGGCCACGGGGCGCUGGGCAACGAGCCGGAGACGAUAGACUACUCUGUGCACGAAGCGUGGAACGAGGCCACGAACGUGUACCUGCUGGUGAUCCUGGUCAGCUUCGGGCUGCUCAUGUACGCCAGAAAAAACAAGAGGAAGAUCAUGCGCAUCUUCACUCUGCCUCCCACCGUGGGCAGCAGCCCGGAGCCCAACUUCUACGACAGUCUGCAGAAGGUCCGCCUGCGGCAGCAGCUGGAGAUGUACUCUCUGGCCAGAAAACAGGAGCAACAACAGAAUCAACAACAAGGUCAGACAGACAGCGUGCAGCUUUCCAUGGAAUGACAAGCUGCCGUCUCUGUCAGAAAAACACUCCUGUGUCUUCAAGCCAUCGGGACAUGGUUGGGAAAGGACUUGAGUGGCUGCCAGGGUCAGAGAUGGUUAAAAAAAAGACACUGAUCCUGUCCUGGUGUUGUUUCUGUUUGGCUCCCUGAGUGAGACAUGUCUUCUUCCACCUUCUGUUGUCUACGUUGUGUGAACCCAUUGAGAAGAAACAGCUGGAUGGAUGAAAACUAUUCAGAGUGUGGCAUAACACAGAGCAGUGACACAAACCCUGUGUGUGAGGAACGAGUAGACCUGAUGUCACUGAUGUUGUCUCAGGAUCGCUCGAGAAAAGUCUGCCAUGAAGAAAUUGUUGCACAUUGAAUUCAAUCCUUCAAAUUGAAUUUAGAAUAUAGAUGUUUUUUAUUUGUUUGUAAGAUUCUUUUUUUGUCAAGUGGUAAUUCAAAUAAAUUCUUAUCAAUUAUUCUCAAAUGUGAAAAAUAAAAACACAUUAACUUAAA